CCGUGCUAGCUUCCCUCUGUUAGUUAUUUUGUGCAACAAGAUGGCUGUCGUUCCUGAGAGCAGAGUCCUGAGUUUCAGCGUUUUUAAAUGGAGCUCUUACUCCUCUACAUAUUUACCUGAGAAUAUCUUGGUGGACAAACCUAAUGAUCAGUCUUCCAGAUGGUCUUCUGAGAGCAAUUACCCUCCACAGUUUUUAAUCUUGAAAAUGGAAAGGCCGGCAAUUGUUCAGAGCAUCACCUUUGGGAAGUAUGAGAAGACUCAUGUCUGCAACCUGAAGAAGUUUAAAGUGUUUGGUGGGAUGAGUGAAGAGAACAUGACAGAGCUUUUGUCCAGUGGCCUUAAGAAUGACUACAACAAGGAAACAUUCACCCUAAAGCACAAGAUUGACGAGCAGAUGUUUCCCUGCAGGUUUGUCAAAAUAGUGCCUCUGAUGUCUUGGGGUCCUAGUUUUAACUUUAGCAUCUGGUACAUUGAGCUGCAUGGUAUUGAAGACCCUGAUGUGGUGCAGCCUUGCCUUAACUGGUAUAGCAAGUACAGAGAACAGGAAGCCAUCCGCCUUUGCCUCAAGCAUUUCCGGCAGCAUAACUACACAGAGGCCUUUGAGUCGCUGCAGAAGAAGACUCGGAUAGCUCUAGAGCACCCCAUGCUCACCCACCUGCACGACCGGCUGAGUGGUCCGAGUGCUCGUUCCUGCCACAAGAUGUGCAUCGACUCCCAGCGGCGUCAAAUCUACACACUGGGCCGGUACCUGGACUCCAGCGUCAGGAACAGCAAGUCACUAAAGAGUGAUUUCUACCGCUAUGAUAUUGAUGCCAACACCUGGAUGCUACUCAGUGAGGACACCUCAGCAGAUGGAGGACCAAAGUUGGUGUUUGACCACCAGAUGUGCAUGGACUCAGAGAAGCACAUGAUCUACACGUUUGGCGGUCGGAUCCUGACGUGUAACGGCAGUGUGGAGGACAGUCGGACUUCAGAGCCUCAGUUUAGUGGCCUGUAUGCCUACCAUUGCCAGGCUGGUACAUGGAGCCUCCUGCGGGAAGACUCGUGUAAUGCCGGGCCAGAGGAUGUCCAGUCCCGCAUCGGACACUGCAUGCUCUUCCAUACUAGAAACCGCUGUCUGUAUGUGUUCGGAGGACAGAGGUCAAAGACGUACCUCAAUGAUUUCUUUAGCUAUGAUGUGGAUGGAGACCAUGUAGAGAUCAUAUCUGAUGGUACCAAGAAGGACUCUGGCAUGGUGCCGAUGACGGGCUUUACCCAGAGAGCCACCAUUGACCCCGAGCUCAAUGAGAUCCACGUGCUUUCGGGCCUCAGCAAAGACAAGGACAAACGUGAGGAGAAUGUCCGCAACUCCUUCUGGAUCUACGACAUCGCCCGCAACAACUGGUCAUGUGUAUAUAAGAACGAUCAAGCAGUGAAAGAAAACCCAAGUAAGGCUCUGCAGGAGGAGGAGCCGUGUCCACGCUUCGCACACCAGCUAGUGUAUGAUGAGAUGCACAAGGUGCAUUACCUAUUUGGUGGAAACCCUGGGAAAUCUUGUUCUCCCAAGAUGCGUUUGGACGACUUCUGGUCCCUCAAACUGUGUCGGCCCUCUAAGGAGUACCUGCUCCGUCACUGCAGAUACCUCAUCAGGAAAUACAGGUUUGAGGAGAAAGCCCAGUCAGAGCCACUGAGUGCACUGAAGUACCUUCAGAACGAUCUGUCACUCACUGUGGACCACACAGACCCUGAUGAAACCAAAGAGUUUCAGCUCCUGCCCUCAGCUCUCUUCAAGUCCAGCUCUGACUUCAUCCCUCUGGGUUUCUCAGACGUAGACCAGACAUAUGCUCAGCGAACACAGCUCUUUGACACGCUUGUCAACUUCUUCCCAGACAGUAUGACCCCGCCCAAGGGCAACCUGGUAGACCUCAUCACCCUCUAGCCCCUCCCACCUCUGAUGCACUUCUCCCUCCCCCUUCAUCUCAACCACUGGACUGACUGAACACCACCCAUGCACCUGAUGGGACGGAGGAGACAGAGACCAGUUCUUUUUCUAUUCCUGAACCCUGCUAGUGGGAGUACACAUGUAGAACAGCUCCACCUCCAUCACACUGACCUGCUGCUGUCACAGGCUGUGUUACAUGACAGUGACAGUUAUAAACGCACAUCCAUCAGCGUCACUGUAUUUUCAUUUACGAGGGAAAUUCCACGACUGUGUGUGUGUGUGUGUGUGUGUGUGUGUGUGUGUGUGUUUUUUUUGUUUGUUUGUUUGUUUGUUUUUUUCCCUUCUUGCCCAGAAUAUCCCUUCCAUUUUUUUCUUGCAGAUGAAGAUUUCUUGGAGAACACAAAGCACCUCUUAACUCUGCCAAACAUCACUUGAGUUUUCAUCUUGGUUUGAUUUUUCUUCCCAGAAAAGUUUAGGCCAAAAAAGAGGAUUUGCACACAUUUGUUUGCAGUCUUUUUUUCAUUGAAUCUUCCUUUUCUUAAGAGUUUAGAUUUGUGCUGUGUACCCAUGCAAACACCGACACAAUUGACCAUAGGCGUCCAUCGACAUGUUUGAGGCAAAACAGAUGAUGAGAUGACGUCCGUUCAGUCCAGUUGUAGUGAAAGUUAAGUUCAAAUUCAAUGCUAUUUGAUUUAUUUGAAGACAGGAUGGUGUGAACAUGAAUCAGGAAACCAUUUCAUUCUCUUUUAUUACAUUUUAAGCAUCUCUUCUGCAAAAUUUUAAAGACACAUCUGGCUUAAUGUCAGCUUUCAUUUUGAUGAUUUGUUAGCUAGAAUUUUCUUUAACAAUGCCCCUAUUUAUGACUGAGACAGCCGUUCAGGUUGAAAAAUAAGUCAAAAUUUUUAAUAGUAUUGUAGUAACAAUAGAGGACUGAUUUUACGAGAUAGUUUAAUAUAUAUCUAAAUAUACAUUUAUAUUGAUUUGGUUGUUAACCAUGUAAAAUAUCUGUCCUCGGUCAUUCAUGGACUGAAGCUUAAUUCUAACUGGUGUACAGAAUAUGUAAAUAUAAUUAUAAGAUUUUUCUUCAAAGAUUCGUGGAUUGAAAAGAUUCUGUGCUGGAUCAUGCUCUUCCCUGUCCCUCUUCAUCAGAAAUUCAGGCUCUACAUGUAAUACUCAUCAUAACCUAUUGGGAAAAAUUUACAAAAAAAUGCCAUGUCAUGAAAUUAAAAACACAAGUUGUUUUAUUACUUGUAUAACUCAUUUUUGAUCUUGCUUUUCUGUUUUAAAUAAUAUGAAAUAUAGGGCUCCGACUAAGUAUUAUUUUUAUUAUUGACUGAUCUGCUGUUUAACUUAAACUUUAACUAAAUCAGUUAGUCCUUUGGUCUACAAAAUGAUAGAAAAAAAUGCCCAUCACAGUUUCCCAGAGCUCAAGCUAAUGUCUUCAAAUGUCUUGUUUUGUCCAAUCCAAAAAACAGUCUAAAACCCAAAGAUAUUCAGUUUGCAGUGAUAUAAAAUAGAGGAAAAAAAGGAUUUUCACACAGCCCAAAACUAGUAUAUUUUUUUGCUAAAAAAAACAAUUCAGACAAUUACUCUAUUUUCAAAAUAGUUUACUAUUAAUUUUCCUUCAAUUGACAGAUUGAUUAAUCAGCUAAUUGUUUCAGCUCUAAUGAAAUAUAGUCCCUGUACACCAGAACUAUGAUUAUGUUACUCAGCAGCUCUUUCCCCUUUCCACCAUUUGUACCAUGAUUUGAUUAUCCAUAUUCAAACAAAUAUCAAACAUGUUUAGAUUUAAAUUUGUGUGGUUCUCACUUAACAGCUGUUUAUAACUAUUUUAUUGGUUACAUGAAUAACCCUAUUUGCUUUUGCUAUUUAGCUAAGCCUCACUGGAGAGAGUUCAUUAGUGGCACAUUGAUUUAAAAUGGGAAAAAAAACAAAACACCUGAGUCACCGGUGUCCAGUUAUACUUUUUCUAAAGGUUAAUCCACACCUUCCAGCCAAUCAAAACCAAGAAAUCUCAGUGGCCAGAGUUCCUUUUACAGACACAGAGCUGGUUGCUGUUAUUUGACUCAUUCAGUACAAGUCUAGCAGACGUGCUGACUUUUGGACAGUGGUGCUGACCAGUUGCACGCAUUCAGUUGAAGUUGAGUAGCUUCGUGUUUACCUGCUGUCACCAAAUCAUACUUAGGUUUUGGGGUCAAUGCUCAUUGGGGCUCACUGCUCACCCAAACUCCCACCUUUCAGUUUCCUAGUUUGUUGUCUUCUGUGAGUCUCACUCAGAUGCUAACAGAUUGUUUCUCAGUGGAGGUGAGAUCACUAACAUCCCAUGGACAAAAAGCAAUGUUCAUUAGUCAGGUGAGAAAACAACAGCCAAUCUCACCAGUUUGUGUGUCUCAUAUGUUCACAUUUUAUCUGAGUCACAGAUCUAAGAAUCUGUUUUUCUUAAAGAUAAAUCCUUGUUGAUCUUUAAAAACACCAGAAGGUUGUUUAACAGCUAACAGCUAUUUUGAACCUUUUUUUUUUUUUUUUUUUAAAGUUCCUACUCCAUUUCCUGCUCCAGGGAGGCAGAAAUGACAACACACAAAAUAUAAUUAUGCUAACUGUGUAUGAAAAUAAAAUAAUGUAAGGUAAAAAUGUUUACAAAUAUAAUAAAUAAUAAAAACACAUUUUGGUCAUUGUUUAUGUUGUACAAAUUAAGUAAUGACACAGUGUGUCUUCUUUUCCAGUUAGUGUCUUUAUCUAGAUUAGAAAAUGAUGUUUUAAAAUAUUUACUUAUACACUUGGUCAGUAAAGUCAAUAAGAAUUCUGGAAUUUCUCUGAAAACAGCAACAAGUAUUGUUAAAAGAUCUGUAGUUUUUAAAUAUUGUCCGUGGUUUAUUUUUCAGAAAACUGGAUGCUCAGCUCAGUGAUUUGAAUGUAAUGGAAAUACAUGAAAGACACAAACUGGGGCUAGGUAAAUAUUAAAACAUAAUAAAACAUUAUUGUACUAACGUACUAUCAUAUCUUCUGCAGUAAUAAAAGAUGCUAAAAUUGGCCACCAUGAAAGUGAGCAACAGUGAAUUUGCUUAUGAACUCAGCCUUUAAUUAGGAAAAGGAAGAAUAUGUACUUUUUUCAA